AUGGUGACACUAAUGCCUUGUAGCUAUAUAUCUGCCCCACGGAUCUCCAUCAUUGAUAAAAUGAUAGAGAUAGAACCAAAGGGUAAACGAUCACGCACCGAAGGACCCACCGACACGACGGAACGCAGCCGGAUCUACAACAACCUGAGCGAACCGGUGUCCGCGCUGGAUGGCCUCGGAGCGAGUCCUUCGUUAGCUCUGGGCACACCGUUUCACUACUCGACUUCGUCAGCGUCGUCGUCCUCGGCGGGUAGCAGCACCACACACACCCUGUUCAACCACUCGCCGGUCACCGGUCUGGGCGGCACGGGAAGCUCCUAUCGACCCCUGACUUCCGCUGGACCGCCAUCGGUCGCCACAAUCCACAACGGGCUGCCGGGACUCGGGUCCUACGGUCCACCGAGCGCGACAGGUGGUGGAGGCUGCGGUGCCACCAGCGGUUUACUGGCCAGCCCUGGAUCGUUGGCCAACCGCUUGAACAGCAGCGGAGGCAGUGGCAGUAGCAGUGGCAGUGUUGCCACGAUAACCUCCGGUUCGUCGGGAGGCGCCUCCGGUUCAUCCGCCGGCAGUCUGGUGGAUGGGCUAACGUCCCUGGCGACCGUCGGAGGCUCGGGCGGGAGCUUGGGGCUGGCGUCGAGCGGGGCCACCUCCACGCUCGGGGGGUCCACCGAGCUGGGGAUGUCGCACUGGCUGAACGACGGCACGGUCAAGUCGGAACUGCGAAGCCCCGGACUGGACGCGACUCUGGCGGCCGCCACCAGCAACCUACCUCUCGGGUCGUCCGCGGCCCACCUGGACGGGUCGGGUCUGUUCUGUGCCAACCCGGGCUCCGCCGCCGCCGCCGCCACCGCCCUGGACGCCCUGCAGGGUGGCGUCGGGUCGUCCGCGUCGAACGUGUACGACCACAAGUCCGACUACUACAACUACUACAACAGUAUGCAGCAGUACACGCCGGCGUUCUACUCGUCCGCGUACGGCGCCUCGGCGUACGGGGCCCGCACCUCGACCAAAAUCCCCUCGCCAAACACAUAUCUGGCGUCGCCGUACGCGGCGGCGGCCGCCGCCGGCAACAACAACUCCGCACAACUCUACUCCUCGUACGGGUACAACUCGUCGUUCGGGCAGUUCGCGGCCAGCGGCCAGCAGGAUGGUUACAGUUACUACAACGACCAGUACAGCCCGUACUACGCCAACACGGCCAGCUACUCGCCGUACGUCAGCUCGCCCGGGUCCAGCGGCAGCCAGGCGGGUUUCCACGUCUCGGCCGCCGGUCUCUCGGCCGAGAGUCCUUCCGAGGCGCACGCCACCACACCGAACAUGCUGGCCCACUCGCACUCGCCGCAGUCACCGAUCUCCAUCUCCCCGACGGCGAUCGGUGCCGGUCCGGGUGGCGCCGGCUCCGUGGGCAGCGUGGGGAACGCAGCCAACAAGACCACACCGACCGGGAAGUCCGGAAGGGCUCGGGGUCGCCGACACGCACACCCAAGUCCGACGCGCAGCUCCACCAGCGAACCGGGCGUCAGUGAGAAGUCCCCGGAGCGGAUCUUCGUCUGGGACCUCGACGAGACGCUCGUCAUUUUCCACUCCCUCCUGACCGGAUCCUACGCAGGGCGCUACAACAAGAACCGCGACCAUCAGGUCCAGCUCGGGUACCGGAUGGAAGAGCUGAUCUUCAACAUGGCCGACGCGUACUUCUUCUUCAACGACCUCGAGGAGUGCGACCAGAUACAUAUCGACGACGUAGCUUCCGAUGACAAUGGGCAGGAUCUCAGCAACUACAACUUUGCCGCCGACGGGUUCCACAAUGCCACACCGCAAGGAGCUCCACCUAAUGUUUGCCUUCCUAAUGGUGUGCGCGGUGGCGUCGACUGGAUGCGAAAGCUGGCGUUUCGCUAUCGGAAAAUUAAGGACACGUACAACACGUACCGGAACAAUGUUGGCGGGCUGCUGGGACCCCAGAAGCGCGAUCACUGGCUCCAGGUGCGAUCGGACAUCGAAAUGGAGACGGACAACUGGCACAGCCUCACGCUGAAGUGCCUGAAUAUGAUCGCGCAACGGGAGAACUGCGUCAACGUCCUGGUGACGACCACCCAGCUGGUGCCGGCGCUGGCCAAGCUGCUGCUCUACGGCCUGGGACAGGUGUUCCCGGUCGAGAACGUGUAUAGUGCAAAUAAAAUCGCUAAGGAGCAGUGCUUCGAGCGGAUUGUGACGAGGUUCGGCCGCAAAAGCACGUACGUGGUCGUCGGCGACGGGCAGGACGAGGAGAGUGCGGCCAAAAACCUCAACUUCCCCUUCUGGCGGAUAUCGGGCCACAGCGACAUCCGGUCCCUGAACACCGCCCUCGAGAUGGGCUUCUUAUGAAGACUUUGCCCUCUUCGGUGGAGCUCCCACACCCCGCUCCGGGAUGCGCGGAAUGCCAAAAGCAAAACCAAAAGACACCCCUUUCCCCCCACCCCGGCAGGCAGGCCUUCGCCCUGCGUCCUAGCUGUCCUACCCUGACUUCCUACCCGUGGCUCGUGGCAAACGCCUGGCAGAGGGCAGACGACGAUAUGCAUCCAGUAUUUAUUAUCGUUUGUAACGGAGUUUUGAUAGAUUUAAUUCAUUAAAUAGCCGAGCGCCCAACGGACUCGCUUCCCGCACCGGAAGCCGUAUUUGUCAGGAUCAAGCAAAACGAAAUGGGGA